GAGACCUGAGCAUCAUCGAUGGAUGCUUUCUUUUCCCUCCCUGCAGCCUUCUUCAAUUCAGACAGCUACUAAUAUCUGCAACUCAAAGUAUUCGUACUCCUGUUAACUCCAUCGAUCUCCAUUGUUGUGCACUGGAGAGCUAGCUAGCUAGCAGAGUAGCAAUGGAGAGGACGACGGAGGAUGAUGAGAGGCUGACGGAUCCUCUCCUGGAGCCUAAGCCGGCGAUCAACGGCGGCGGCGGAGGCAGCAACGAGGAGGAAGAAGAGGUUGGGUCGCUGGGGCGGCGCCUGGUGGAGGAGAACAAGAAGCUGUGGGUGGUGGCGGGUCCGUCCAUCUGCGCGCGCGCCACCUCCUUCGGCGCCACCGUCGUCAGCCAGGCCUUCAUCGGGCACAUCGGCGCCACCGAGCUCGCCGCGUAUGCCCUCGUCUCCACCGUCCUCAUGCGCUUGAGCGUCGGCAUCCUGAUAGGCAUGGCAAGCGCAUUGGAAACUUUGUGUGGGCAAUCAUAUGGUGCUAAGCAAUACCACAUGUUAGGCAUAUAUCUACAACGCUCAUGGAUAGUUCUCUUCUGUUGUGCAGUAAUCCUUCUCCCAAUCUACCUCUUCACCACCCCGCUCCUAAUUGCGCUUGGUCAGGAUCCCGAUAUCUCUGUUGUGGCUGGCACCAUCUCACUAUGGUACAUUCCCAUCAUGUUCUCCUACGUCUGGGGCUUAACAAUCCAAAUGUAUCUACAAUCACAAAGCAAGAACAUGAUCGUUACCUACCUCUCCUUGCUCAACUUUGGACUCCAUCUCUUCCUAUCAUGGCUCAUGGUGGUCAAGUUUCACCUUGGCCUUGCUGGGGUGAUGGGCUCCACGGUCAUUGCCUGUUGGAUCCCUAUAUUUGGUCAGCUCGCAUAUGUCUUUUUUGGUGGUUGUCCUCAAACAUGGACAGGGUUCUCGUCCUCUGCUUUUACUGAUCUCGGUGCUAUUAUCAAGCUUUCGAUAUCAUCCGGAGUGAUGCUUUGUGUAGAAUUAUGGUACAACACCAUAUUGGUGCUCCUCACUGGUUAUAUGAAGAAUGCAGAGGUUGCUCUUGAUGCUCUUUCUAUAUGCCUUAAUAUCAAUGGUUGGGAGAUGAUGAUUUCUAUUGGAUUUUUGGCUGCAACUGGAGUGCGGGUGGCAAAUGAACUUGGAGCUGGGAGUGCAAGAAGGGCUAUGUUUGCCAUUUUCAAUGUGGUCACCACUUCUUUCUUGAUAGGAUUUGUGUUUUUUGUGCUCUUCCUUUUCUUUCGUGGAAGCCUUGCAUACAUAUUUACUGAAAGUCAAGAGGUAGUAGAUGCAGUUGCUGAUCUUGCCCCCCUUCUAGCUUUCUCCAUUUUAUUAAAUAGUGUUCAACCUGUGCUCUCAGGUGUCGCUAUUGGAUCUGGUUGGCAAACUAUAGUUGCCUAUGUUAAUGUUGCAUCGUACUACUUGAUCGGUAUCCCUAUUGGGGCAAUACUAGGCUAUGCUCUAGGAUUUGAAGUAAAGGGCAUUUGGAUUGGCAUGCUUGUUGGAACACUAGUGCAGACUCUUGUGCUUUUAUUCAUCACACUUAGGACUGAUUGGGAAAAACAGGUAGAGAUUGCUCGAGAGAGACUAAAUAGAUGGUAUACGGAUGAUAAUGGAAGAUCACAAAAUUCGAGAGGAAAUCCAUGAUAUGAAACUUUUGCACAUUCAUAAUGGAAUUGUAAGAGUUCAAGAUCCUUCACGAUCACAUCAUCCAUCAUCAAUGAACCAAAUGUUAAUCACAAGGCAUGGAUGAUGUUUUUUUCCCCCGAAGUGUCAGACCAAGGAAGAACCACGAUGUUAGUGAAGUAACCUUGAAUAUAAGCCCCUUAUCCUUUUUUUUUAGCAUGAUGCAGCAUAUGCUUGACCUUUAUGUGUUUUAUAUAAUUUUUUUUUGUAUUUGUUGGAAAGAGCAUGUAUGGCUAAGUGCUUGUAUGUGAAUUGAUUGUACCCAUUGGGUUUUGUUUUCUACCUUUGAGUAAAUUUAUGGAUUACACUAUCAAAUGAGAGAAAAUAUCCACACAAAGUUGUGGGUCAUUUGUCCCUUUCUGGAA